AUGCCAGAAGCCAAAAUAGAAGAAACAGUUUGUGAAGACAGGAUCAGCGCUUUACCCGAAGAUUUGCUUGUGACGAUACUGUUGCUUGUCCCGAUUAGAGAUGCAGUAGCCACCAUGCUUUUGUCUAAACGUUGGCGCUUUAUCUGGAUGAUGUUGCCUAGACUUGAUUACAAAGAAAGCAGCGAUAAUGAUAAUGAUCCGAGCAAGAAGAGCAUUUGGUGGUUUUUUGAUAAGUCAAUGGAACUCCACAAAGCACCUAUCUUAGAAGUCUUGCUUAUCAAACUUGGUCCAGGAUGUCCUAGUGAUGCUGACGUCGGUAAGUGGCUUACAAAAGCUGUUGAUCGCCAAGUGGGUGUUCUAAAAUUCGAGCUUUGUUGGUCUACAGGUCCAACUAGAUUACCCAAGAGCCUUUACACCUGCGAGACACUCAAGGAACUUACUCUCUCUCACAAUAUUCUUGUGGAUUUCCCUUCUUUUGCUUGCCUCCCGUCCCUUUCAACUCUUGAACUUUUCUAUGUGGUGUAUAAAGACGAGGCUUCUCUUUUUAGAUUCUUAUCGAGCUGCCCUGUUCUUGACCUUUUGGACGUGAAACGAAAUACCAAACAUCAUGACAAUGUCAACAAAUUUAGUGUGAAAGUACCUUCUUUACAGUUCUUCUGGUAUGAAAAUUGCGAUUAUACAUCACUUCCCGAUACUGCUAGGUGUUUGACUAUCGAUACUCCGGCACUAAUAGACUUCAUAAUCGCUGAUUAUUCAAGAGACUCUUGGUCCUUCGAGAAUAUUCCUUGUCUUGAGAAGGCAUUUUUCGAUGUUAGGUCUUUCCCGGAUAUUGACAAGUCCAAAACAUCUAUUUCCGGGGUCUUGUCCCUUACGUUGUUUAUGAUGACCAAUGAAGCUGUACUUGUGCGUUGUAGCACCAUCAACUUCUCUCGACUUAUAAAGUUAACUAUAUAUCCGCAUAAUUCAGACUGGUUGGAACCACUCUUACCCUUACUUGAAAAUGCUCCAAACCUUAAAGAUCUUUUGGUAACUUAUGAAUGUACCGUUUGGCCCCGGGAUCGGAUCCCACUUUCAUGGAACCAACCGUGUUCUGUUCCUCGAUGCAUGUUGUCACAUCUCGAGAUAUUUGAGUACAGAAAAUAUGGAGCCAGAGAAGAAGAGGAAGAAUUCUUGACAUAUAUCUUUGCCAACUCCAAGUGUUUAAAGACUGUGACAAUCUCGGUGAAACCCAGCUCCGUUCUUGGAAAGAAAGAGUUGAUCAUUGAGGAGUUGAGAAAUAUUCCUAGGGUUUCAACAUCUCAACUUUUGUUAUUUUAA